GGAGGGAGAGUUGCGCGUGCGCCCAGCUGCGAACACCUGACAACAAUGGGUUGACGGUUGGUCACGUGCGGGCUGCGGCCGGGACGCUGUCACGUGCAGGGCCGCCUGGAACCAGGAGCGGCCAUGAAGUGGAGCUGGCCGUUCCGUUUGCUCUUGAUGUUGUGGCUGACGGCGCCGUCCGGCCAGCGAGUGGUCCCUGCCCAGGCGUCUCCGUCCCUCGCGGAGUUCACCCGGCCGGAGGGGGACACGCCGUCGCUGACGAUCGAGCUGGACGAUGAGGACGAGGCGACCACGCCCGGUUCCUCGACCUCCGGCGGGGCGGCACCGCUGAAAAUCGAGAUCGACAUGGAGGAGUCGACGGAGAACGGAACCGGCCGUUCCCCGGCGGACGCCACCGAGCCCGCCUGGCACCCUUACCUCAUCAAGAUAUCGUCGGGCACCGGGACCGCCGCCGCCGCCACAACCGGCGGCCCCGAGCUGGAGGUGCCCCCGCCGGGCUCCCUCAUGGAGGAGACCAUCGUCAUGCAGCUGCCCGAGGCCAGCCCGGUGGCCACGAGCACCACCGUGACCCCGCCCCUGCUCAUUAUCGAGGAGCUGACCCCCAGUCGCCCGCCGGAGCCCGGCUCGGUGCUGCUGCUGGACUCGCCGACCGAGUCGGUCCUUGUCCUGGACGAGAAAGAGCGGAAGGCCGAGAGCAAGAAGCAGGCGCUCGCCCAGCUGCAAGGGAGCGCCCCUCACCGCCAGCAGAAAGGCGGCCCGCCGCCCAGCCGGCAGAAGCUCAAAUCCCCGAACGGCAAGACCGCCGGCGAGGACGAGACGAGCCCUCCGCAAGUGUUGUUCCUCGUCAAGGAAGUCGAGCACGACGCGCCCGCCCUACAGCAGGAGCUUCCAAUGGCCGUACAAGUCAUGGGCAGUAACGCCAGUGUCCCGGGCACUAGCACCAAGGAAGCAGCCACUGUCACUCGUAUCCCAGACACCAGCGUAAAAGAUGUGAACACUGUUGCUAGUUCCGCAGACAUCAUCGUCACCGAGGUGCCAGGCAGUGCCGGUGUCGAGAACAUAGGCACCGGCAGUAGUCCUGUGGUCGUCAGUGGCACGGAUACAGACAAUAUUACCAGUUCUCCAGACAUCAUCGCCACCACGGUCACUAACGUUGAGGACAAAAGCACCAGCAGCAGUGCGAUGGUCAUCAAUGACAUGGAUACAGACACUGUCACCAAAACUCCAGACAUCCUUCUCACCAAAGUCCCAAGCACACUCGUUGAGGACAUAGGCACCAACAGUACUCUAGUCAUCAGUGGAACAGAUUCACACACUAUCCCCAAAAUCUCAGGCACUGAUGUUCAGGAGAUCAUCAACAGUACCGAUGUCCCAGAGAUCAGCAUCACAGAUACAGAAAGUAUCACUAAAGCCCCAGUUGUUAGUAUCCAGGACGAUGUCACAAGCACUAAUGCUCCAGUCAUCGUCACUGGUACAGACACUAAUUCUAAAACCCCAAACUCCAAUGUCCAGGAGGUCAUCACCAGCACUAAUGCCCCAGUCUUCAUCCCAAUUGCGGACACUAAUUCCAAAGCCCAAAGCACCAGUGUCCAGGAGGUCGUCACUGGCACUGAUGCCCCAGUCAUCAGUAUCACAGGUACAGAUACUAAUUCCAAAACUUUGGGCACCAGGGCCUUGGAUUUUGUCACCAACACCAGUGCUCCAGUAAUCAGUGUCACUGAAACCAAUGCAAUCGCUGAAGUUCCGACUGUCAGUGUCCAGAAAAUCAACACCGGUUCCAUUGUCCCAGUCAUCCGCAUUAGUGAGACGGAGUCUACCACCAAAACACCAGCUAUUAUUUUGACCACUCAAGGCACAACCGAUGUUGAGGAGGUGGACUCUGAAGUUGAAAACACUUUCCUUGACAUGAGUGACAAAGGAAUGAGUGUCACAAAUAUUGUUGAUAAAAUAAUGGUACCAGAACCACAUUUCAAGGAACUGUAUUUUGAUCAGCUUGUGGACCACUUCAGUUUCACCUCCCAUCAAAAACUCUACCGUCAAAGAUAUCUUUUAUGCGAUCAAUUCUGGAGCAAGAAUUUUGGACCAAUAUUUCUGUAUACAGGAAAUGAAGGUGAUAUAUGGGAUUUUGCCAAUAGCUCCAGGUUCAUUAUUGAAUUAGCAUCAGAGCAGCAGGCCCUGGUCAUCUAUGCUGAGCAUCGAUAUUAUGGAAAAUCCCUUCCUUUUGGCAAAAAAUCUUAUGAAAGAUCAAACAUGGAGUUUUUGACAGUGGAACAAGCUUUAGCAGAUUAUGUGGUUCUUAUUACAAAGCUGAAAAGUGAUCUUGAUGCCAAAAGUUGUGCGGUGAUUGCAUUUGGUGGCAGUUAUGGAGGAAUGUUAAGUGCGUACAUGAGAAUUAAAUAUCCAAAUGUAGUGGAUGGCGCUCUAGCAUCAAGUGCACCUGUGGUCUCCACAGCUAAUCUUGGGGAUAGUCGGCAAUUCUUUCAUGAUGUAACCAAAGAUUUUGAGCGUAACUCACCUGAAUGUGUUUUGACAAUUCGGAAGGGUUUUCAGGAGCUUGAAUUUUUGGCACAGCAACAAGCAUGGAGUAAGAUAACCAAUAAACUGUCUCUCUGUAAGUCAGUGAAAUCUAAGAAGGAUGUUGAUCAUCUCUAUGGAUGGGCACGAAAUGCUUUUACUUACUUAGCCAUGUUUAACUACCCGUACAAAACUGAAGUUGGGUUACAUUUUCCUCCAAACCCAGUAGAUGUUGCUUGUCGUUACAUUCUGAAAAAAAGUGACCAUAUUGAAGGCUUGCUAGAUAUAUUGGGGAUGUUUUACAAUUCAACUGGGAAAAAGAAGUGUUUUGAUAUUUACUCGGAGUACAUACAUUGUUCUGAUCCGACAGGAUGUGGCUUAGGCUCUUCAAGUCAAGCAUGGGAUUUUCAGGCUUGCACAGAGAUCAAUCUGCUGUAUGAAAGCAACAAUGACACAGAUAUGUUCCCUGUCAUUCCCUUUACUGAAGCAAUGAGGAGGAACUAUUGUCACAGUAAAUGGGGUGUAUACCCAAAUUCACAAUGGUUAAAAAUCCAAUAUUGGGGAGAUGAUUACAAAGCAGCAAGCAAUAUAAUAUUUUCCAAUGGUGACUUGGAUCCCUGGGCAAAUGGUGGUAUUCUAAAAACCUUGAAUCCUUCAGUGAUUACUUUUGUUAUAGAGGGAGCAGCGCAUCAUUUAGAUCUGAGAGCAUCUAAUGUUGCUGAUCCACCAUCAGUUACUGUGGUUCGUAAAAUGGAAUCAAGCAUAAUCAGAAAAUGGGUGAAAAGUAGUCAACUUCGUUAUGUUUAACACAAGUCAGAUGUUAAUAUCUGAUAAUGUUGAACCAAAAUGUACACAAAGGACUUUUGUUAACUGUGUAAAUGUAUGAAACAAUCUAUUAGUAUUGGAGAGACAUAAUUUUGUAUUUGCAAUGGAACUGGAGAAAUUUUAUACAAUUGUCAUGUUUUAAAUGAAAUAAACAAAAAACAAUUUAUAGACAAA